CUUGUUUAUUUUUUUUUAUCUCUUUUUCUUCUCUUUUCUUUUCCCUUUUUAUAUAAAUAUUUAUUUCAUUUAUUAGCAACUGGAUUUGCUAUUAUUUUAUGGUUACUUUUAAUAAAAUUAGACUCGCUGGUCGAAACUGUAUAUUCUCAUGGCUUUAAUUCAAUGCAUCUUUAUCGUCACACUGCAAGCUAUCAUAUGUUCACAAAAUACUUUUCAAGCAAAUCUAUUACCAGAGUCUGAUUCACAUAUUCUAUCCUCAACCACAACGAAGUCAGAUACAAUUCCAAUAAGAGCUAAAGAUAGACUCGAUAGAAUUAAAUGGGAAAAUAUUGCUUUUAUAGGAUUUCAAGCAUGGUUUUUUGUUUAUCAAAAUACAGCAGAGAUUUUAGUAUUAGCUGUACUCAAUUGUUUAUGCGCUAUAUUAGGUGCUUUAGAGGUUGUAGAUGGAAUUAAAUGGUUAAAGUUAUUAAGUCAAACCAGCUAUUCUAUACAGCCUUUAGCUAGAGCAGAAAAGAUGGAAAUUGCCCUUUCAAUCAUCAUUCUUGCCUUUGCUAUUAUUAUGUCUUAUUUUAGUUAUGAAAUGUCAAAACAAUUUGGAUGGAAUAUAUAUAAAAAGAUUGGUGCAGAUGUUCAAAUUCAAAAAAUGUAUCGAAUAUUUCAAUUCUUUGUUUUAUGCUUAAAGAUCAACAUAUUCACAGAGUUUUUAAUCUCUUUGUUUUAUUUAAUUCAAUUUGCAGUCAAACAGAACGCAUCACAAUGGGAUACAUGGAUUCAAUUAGUUGUUACUAUCUUAAUACUCCCCAUGUUAUACUUUGCAAGAACAGCAGGCAGUACAGAGAGUCAAGGUAGAAUGAUUACCUUUAUUACCUUUCAGGCUAUUGUCAUCAUUCAUUUUGCAUUGAUAUUAAAUCAAACAUUUCAACCUCAUAAUAACUGGUAUACUUGGAUAACAUUUGUUUGGAUAGGGGUCGCUAUUGAUUUAGCUACAAUUGUAUUAAGUAUACUUACUAUGAAGAAUUUUGGUAAAGGAUUAAAACCUUUUGUUCAAAGAGGUGCAAAAGCUAAGGGGAAAAUAAAUGAACUGGAAUUAAGCAAGACACAUACAAACUCUACAUGGCAAAUUGAUGAUAGCUGAAAGAUUUAUUUAUAUUAUUUACACAUUUAUUACCAUUUUUUUUUUUUUUUUUUUUAAAAAA